AUGAGGUCUAUGUUCGCUCAGCACGCCCCCUUUGUCCCUAUCAUGAUUAACUUCGUGUCCGGCGUUCAGUCUGCCGCCCAGGACAAGAGUCUUCGCACCCUUCUCGUCUACCUCGAGCACCUAGCGCGCGUUGAGCGCUGCGAGGCCAAGCCCCGCGACGUGGCUUGCCCUCCGAAAAACCUGCUCUAUCCUUGCCUCGACGUGGUGCUCACAGCCCUGGCGGAUCGUGUCAUCCAACAGCCCGAGGCGUGGAGAUUCUUGCUUCCGACAGCUAUGAGGUUGUUCCAGCUGUACCAACUCCCGGCCGUCGAAUCCCGAACGGCAACUCGCCAGAGCCGCACGACAUUCGACACCGUCGAGGACUUCCUGUCCGCCAUGCUUCCUAUGGACCGAAUGGCCGAGGCUGUCGCUAGAUCGAACGACUUGCGGCACAUCGCCAACGCACGACCAGAAAUCGCGGACUUCGCUACUGAGGUUCUACAGAUGGUCUCAUACCACCAAGCAUUUUCCCGCCUCGCAGCCGCGGUCUGGUUCCAGAAGACCAGGCGGACCUCCGCCAAGCACUGGCUUCGAAUCGCCUACUCUCUCUUGGAUGAGAGAUUCGGCCUGGAGACCUACCACCCUCCUCUCAGCGUCCUUUACCUGGCGGAGCGGUCUGUUCCCGGCUUCGACGGGAUGAUUCAACAGCACUCAUACGCGCUCUCGCUCUUCUUCCCCGAGGGCGUGACGCAGACGCCUCUGCCUAGGCCGGUACUGGACGCGCUUGUUCGUGAUCUGCCGUUGCACCAACUGUUCGCGCUGCGGCCUGUUGGCGACGUCUGGCCCGACCGUGCUCAUAGCUGCGCGCACUGCGGUGAAGACUUGACCGCAUUGCCGAAGCGUCGUGCUUGUAAGGGGUGCAAGCGCCCUGCCUAUUGCAACAAGUACUGCCAGAGAGGUGACUGGCGCAACAAGCACUCCGGCGUCUGUAAGUUGUGGGCGUCUGUCGACGAGCGAAUGUCGCAACAAAGCGUAAAGGACUGCUUUGCCGAUAUCGCCGCUUGGUCGAGGGUGGAAGAGGUGUUGCAGUCUUCUCCUCACCUGGACGGAGAGAAGGUGCAGCGAGUGAUGGAGAUCAUACGCGAUUCGAGGGCAGUGCUCUGCUCAAAACCUGAGCGCGUUGCAGAGAACUCGCGCAAACUUCGCGCGCUUCUUCGGGAGCUGGGGAUCUAA